CGUUCCUAUGUGACGUUUCUUGGUAUCAAAACCACCAAGCUUACUGCAGGGGACUUCAAAUCACUGCAGCUCGAGUUCGCCGCCGCUAAUAACACUCAGCCGGGCUGGGGAAAGGGAGGAAGAAUAGAUGCCUUUCAUGGCCGCAUGAUGAGCACAGAGUUCAACCCAAUUAUUUCGUGAAAUCUGAUCUUUCUCUUCUUCAUCCCCUUCAUCGGCCCCACUGGCGGUGCCAUCGCGACCGGCGUGCGCACCCUGCUCUGGCCGAUCGAAGUCGGUGCCGAGGUCGGUUUAGCCGUCUACAGCAUCGUCGACGACCCGAAAAAUGCCUUCAUGACCGUUUCAGCACCCUCCUGGGCGCCGGCUUCAGCCGCGGCAAGUUCCGGGACGCCGCCAACUCAAGGCGCGACAUGAGCUCUGGUGAGUAUAACAGUCUCGGCAACUUCAAGCCCAAGCCUGACUCGAUUAACAAUCUCUGGAGUGGCCUUUGUUCUCGGUAGCUAUAGGAUCUUGACAGCAGGAAAUCACAGUUGAUUCCCGUGCUACUUACAGAAUGUACGUGGACGUCGGCCAUCAUCGUCACUUCGUCCACAUCGCUUUCUUCCACUAGCGACUUCUGGGCCAAGCAAUCCACUCUCGCCACUAAUCAGGAUUUUGAUGAAACCUUACAACUAGACUGGCGCCCAACAUCUAAUAAAAUACAAUAAAUACGGUAGAGAAAAGGACCGGUAAACCAUUUCAUGGUAUUUAUCAGGGUAUUACAGCAGACAGUAAUUGAUGAUUGAAGUUGGCGAAGAAAAGGGUGAUUUUCGCCGAUGACUCAGCCUGUUAGCUGGGGCCCAAAAGGGUCAAGCGCAUGAUGAGAUGCACGAUUGGUGAGUUCUGCCGUGGGGCUUAUCUAAACGCCGAUGACGAUAAGACUCUACCUGUCUGAAAAUUUCCAAUGGACAUGAGCGAUCCCAGCGCUCAGUCUUGCUAGUCUUGCGACCAAACAGCAGGAAAACUCAUCGACAAAAUGGCGGACGAUGGCAUGAUUCUCAAUUUUGACAUGGGCAGCGGCCCUGUCAAGCCCCACGUCAAGAUCCAGGGCGGACGAUGGCGCGAGAGGAACAAGGCGCAGAGGAUCGCGAACAAGAGCGAGAAGGGACCUUCGUCCCCCUCUGAAGAUGCCCCGCUGCCGCAAAGAUACACACCCGGAUCCAGAAAACCUCAGAGAGACGACCGCCCCGGAGACGAUGACGCCUCGUAUGAGCGCCCGGCCAAGCGGCCGAGAGCAGAGCACCCCCAGGCGAACGCCUACCGCACAGGCAAGCUGCCGCCUGGCAGCAUCUCCAGCGGCAGACCAAGAGACGGCCCGGUCACCUCCAAACUCUUUUCUUACAACCCGACGCCCAAGACGAUAUUCGAUGAGCCCGGUGCCGAGAAGGUUGAGGAAAAGGUGGCUGAACCCUCAAACGCGCCGCUUUCGGAUGAAGCUGCUAGCUUCCACGCCCUCGGAAUCUCAAGACGACUGGCCCUGACGCUGUCCGGCAAGAUCCAGCUCAAGGCGCCGACGGCCAUCCAGGCCAAGGUCAUUCCUCAACUCAUCACCGAAGAUAGCGACGCCUUCGUGCAGGCCCAGACGGGUUCCGGAAAGACCCUCGCUUACCUUCUCCCCAUCAUCCAGCGGAUUCUCUCGGUCGAGGGCCAGAUCAAGAGAGACUCGGGCCUGUUCGCCAUCGUUAUGGCGCCAACCCGCGAACUUUGCCGACAGAUCGAGCUUGUCCUCGCCAAGGUGCUUCCGCCGUACUUGGUCAGCACGACGGUCAUUGGUGGUGAAAGCAAGCAUUCCGAGAAGAGCCGUCUGCGGAAAGGUGUCAACAUUCUCAUCGCGACACCCGGUCGCCUCAGCGAUCAUCUUCAGCACACCAAGACUCUCGAUGUCGGUACGGUGAGGUGGCUGGUGCUCGACGAAGGCGAUCGCCUGAUGGAGAUGGGGUUCGAGGCUGAGCUGCGGACCAUCGUCAGCAAGAUCCGCGAGGGCCCCCUGGCAAAGUCGACGGCCAAUGGCGUCUCGCUCGCCAAUCUCCCCCAGCGCCGCGUCACCGUUCUCUGCUCAGCAACCAUGAAGAUGAACGUCCAGAAGCUCGGUGAGAUCAGUCUGGAGGACGCCGUCCACAUAACGACGUCGGAGGAGGAACAGGUCGACGGAGAGGAGAUCAAGUUCGAAGCACCGGCGCAGCUGAAGCAGAACUACUUGAUCGUACCCGCCAAGCUGCGACUGGUCACGCUCAUCGCGCUGCUGAAAUCAACAUUUUCGCGCAAGGGCUCCGUGAUGAAGGCCAUCAUCUUUUUGUCCUGUGCCGAUUCCGUCGACUACCACUUCGACCUCCUGCGUCAACCGCCGGGCAAGGAUGAGAAGCCGACCGACAACCCGUCACCGACCGCGAACACCGUGGCUCCGUCAGCAUACAUCACCUCAGCCGCCAACACCAACAUCGUCCUACACAGACUGCACGGUUCUCUUCCCCAACCUGUGCGUACAGCGACACUGGCCUCAUACAGCAAAUGUACGGACCCGACGGUCCUCAUCACGACAGAUAUCGCGUCGCGUGGUCUCGAUGUGCCCUCCGUGGAGUUGGUCGUCGAGUACGACCCCGCCUUCAGCGCAGCAGACCACGUCCACCGCAUCGGUCGUACGGCACGUGCUGGCCGGCCCGGUAAGGCCAUCCUGUUCCUCAUGCCUGGCUGUGAAGAAGGCUACAUCGACCUCCUCAAAGCCAAGAACGCCUCCCCUCCCAAACCUGAGCUCUACGACACCGUGCUUCACAAGGGCCUCACGACGGGCAUGGAAUUCCCCGUUGAGACGGACGCAAAGCCCCAGCCCGCGGCCGAUAGGGGCUUCAGCACCCGCGCCGAGAACCUCCAGCUUCAUCUGGAACAACGCCUUCUCCUGCCAUCGUCCACCAAGCUCCUCGACGAGGCGCGCAAGGCCUUCCGCUCGCACAUCAGGGCGUACGCGACCCACAUCAAGGAGGAACGCGUCUACUUUGACAUCAACGAGCUGCAUCUGGGUCACAUGGCCAAGGCGUAUGGACUGCGCGAGGCGCCGUCGGGCAUUGGUCGCGGUGGCCACGACAGCAAGAAGACGGCCAUGAAGAAGAAGGCGGCCGGCAGGAGAGGCGACAACAGGCCCUCGGGCAACGCCAUGGAGGACAUUGAUACCAACGGAGCUGAGCCGAGCGAGAUGGAGAGAAAGAUGAAGCAGAAGAUGAGGUCUGUGAUGAACGCAGCCAGCGAAUUCAACCUGGGUUGAUUGGGAGAAAGGGAAGUCUCUUUCUCACUUUUUCUUAUGUCGUGGACUGGGUACGGAUAAUAGAUAAAAACGGUCAAACUCAUAGCGUUUACAUAUAGUCAUAUCCCGAAUCGGGUACUUUCUUUCUUUCAUGCAAAGUUCUAUCUCGCGAGAUCAACCUAUGGGGUAGUUGCUUAAGAGGGGGACGAUGAUAGAGCAAGU